AUGGUGAGACGCGCAGGACGACGCGAGCGUUUAAAAAGGCUAAGAAGAGCCCUAAAACAAUUCAGAGAGACAACAGCGCAGGAAGAAAUGUUAAAGGAAGAAACACCACCACCAACACCACCACCAACACCGCCACCACCACCACAGUGGAAGUUGAUUACAAUAAACGUUCCGGAGUUUGAUUGGAGAAUUUAUAAAAAUUCAGAAAAGACAGACCCAAGACGAGAACAUGGACAAGUCAUGCGCUAUUUUGGCAUUUUAUCAGCCUCCCCGAGGAACAACGAGGAGAAGUAUGUUGAAAUAAGGAAAAGAUACCGAAAAGAUAACAUACGAGAGAGAAGCCCAUCUCAAAGAGGAAGUACAGCAAGAAAAAGGAUAAAAGAAGACUAUACAAGUUCAGAUGAAUCUCAGUAUUACGAAACUGAUGUAUCUGAAGAACCACCAAAAUCAAAACCAAGAAAACGAAUAAGAACAUACUCUUCUGAAGAAAUCAAGAAAAAAAGAAAACCUAAUGAACAGCAAAUUACAGUUGAUGUACAUCAACCACCAGAAGAAAAGAAAUACAUCAUCCCACAGAAACGACUCGUAGUAAGAGAACCAACAACAGCGCAGGAAGAAAUGUUAAAGGAAGAAACACCACCACCAACACCACCACCAACACCGCCACCACCACCACAGUGGAAGUUGAUUACAAUAAACGUUCCGGAGUUUGAUUGGAGAAUUUAUAAAAAUUCAGAAAAGACAGACCCAAGACGAGAACAUGGACAAGAUUCCCACGUGGGCGAUGGUUGCGAGCGGACGUGUGUCGUGAUAAGUGGAGUGAGCAAAGUGCGAAAAAGGAGGAAAAGUGACCAAGCGAAAAACGAGGAUAACAGUUUAAGUGAGUGGAAAAAGGGAGGAAAGGGUAGCAAUACAGAAAAAAGAGAAAACAGUAAGAGUGGGAAGAAAAGCGAUAGAAAGAAGGCUCACUCGUGUGAGGUUAGGAGGAGAUAG